AUGUCGUGUGGUGCGUAUAGUAAUCAUUAUGCCACAGAUCUAACCCAACUCAUUCAAAACGUUGUUCGUCGUUCUCCCAAUUACUUCGAAAGUUCGGACGCCGCAUACUCUGAUAUCCAGCUGAAUCUUGAAUUAUUCAAUAAAUUUGCCGAAGCCAAUGCCCUCGAUGAUGCCCUUAUCCGUAGACGAGAGGUCUGUAUAAUGAACAACAAAAUUGUAGAUCAAAUAGAUCGUUUUCAAAGUAUAGACGAAAUGUUGGAAAAAUUUGAUAUGCUAUAUGACAGUUAUGAGGAUAUUCUUUCAACCUUAAAAGGGUACAAUGAAGAAUUGAGCGAUUUUAUAUUUUCUGGUGUAGCUGUAGAAAGUCUAUACGAUUUGGUACGACGGUACAGUCGAUUUAGUAAAAGUAAUGAAAUUGAAGAAUGUACAGAUGCGAAUAAAUGUUUAUUUCUCAAACUAAGAUCUAUCGAUACAUUUAUGAGCGAUUUAACGUAUUAUGUUCAUUAUGUCGAGAAACAUGGACAACAAGUAGUGUUGACAAAACUACACUAUGCAUUAUCUGAGAAUGCACCAAAUGUAUUGGAAAAUGUCCAUAUGAAUGUUAUUGAUAAUGAUAUAUCGAACAAUAAAGCGGAUUGGCAUGGAUCAUGUCAUACUAGACGUGAUCGAAGUGCAACCUACAAAAAAUUGCAAGAAUCCAUUGAACAUGAUCGAUGUGCAACAAAGAAACAAAUACAGCAACCAUAUUAUAGUUUUGAAGCUCAUGGACAAGAUGGUGUCUUGUACACAAUUCAAAUUAACCGAUUUAAAAAAUCGGAGGUUCGUAAAAGCCGACUAACACGAACAUCGGUGAUGUCGUCGUCGUCAUCACGUGCAACAAUCAAUGAAAAACAGCAGAGUAUGACAACACAAAUAUCAUCAAAACAAAGAAAAGAACAAGGAAGUAUAGGACAAUUCCGUUCACUGAGGCAAAGUUAUUAUGAUCAAUCGAUUCCACCAUGGAUUGAAAAGAAAAGUGGUGAGCAUCGAUCACGAAAAUCAACAAAACAUUCCACAAACCGUUCAUCUAUUAAUGCCAUAGUUAAGUCUAGGAUGAGCAACGAUUUAUCCAAACGACAAGCAAUGAUAAUAGGUCCAACUACUAGUACUACAGUUCAUAGCGAAGUUUUAACUAGUAAUAACAAACAUAUAAUACAAACAUUAUCGAUAACAGAUCCAAUUUUAGUCUCACAAGCAUUAACUAAAUCACGUUUAGUAAUUAAAACACUAUUAGAUGAUUUUAGUGCGAAGAAUGUGCAACGGUUAUUGUCAGUCGAUGAAUAUCCUGAUUUGAACAUCACUGAUAUGAUAAAAACAAGCACGUGA